GGAUUCCAAAGGGAACUAGAUCUGGCAAAUGCCACACCACAGACAGGAAGGACUUAGGGAUCACACACUUGACGACAGACGACUGACUACCCUAACACCCCUCCCCACCCCAACCCUAACUUUCCCCCCCCCUCCAGAGGAACGCCAAGGGACAAUAACCCCAAUCCGAAUAGACACACACGCCAAUAAGAGGACACAUAGAGACUUGAACGUAAAACUCACAAGGACUCAGGUCAUUAUCCCGACCGGCAAGUUGGACGAGAGGCCGGCGAGCCUCUGUAUAGCCCACACACAAACUACAAUUGCAGUAAAUGUAAUGUAUAACAUAUAAACACAUGACCCGCACACUAGGCCAAGCCGUAAUAGGAACUGUAAUUGAGAAAUGCUCGUAAAAUAAGAUAAAAGGGACUUGCAAGUGCGUCAACAUUGUGGGCCUGCGAGCCCGACUAAAAAUUACUGUUUUCAUAUCUUUCAUAUGCUUUCUUACCUUUUGAUAACUCACCUUGGAGACCUGCAAGUCUUUGAAUCUUGACUAAC